AUUUUUCGCCAAUCUGAUUAAAUUGUCUAAUCAAAUCAGGUUUUGCGGACGCAAACGCCAAUUUGGCUCGCCGAUUUCGUAUUGCCGAUAAAAUGGAAGUGCGGACGCAAGCAUACCAAUUUGAGACGCUAGUAUUUGCAUUUGGGGGAUUUUUUUAAAUUUAGAGCGCUCGAAUAUCACCAUAAAUCUAAAAAGUGUUAUUAAAUGGGUGAUUGACGCUAAUUUAUUUUCUGAUCAAAUCGAAAUAUCUGGACUGAGUUUAAAAAAAAUUGUUCUUUAAAAAUACCGUUGUAAAUCAUAAAAAUUAAAGAAAGGUGGUAGGUUCAGCCAACAUAAAUUCUGAAAAAUCGUAGUUGCCAAAAAACAUUAAAGCAAUCUUGAGGCAUUUCUCUAGUAACUUCAUUGAUUCGAAACCUGAUUGAACAACUUUCGCUCGAUGGAAAUAAUCACAAAUCAUAAAUAAAUACAUUUGGGGACAAUCCUACACACACCGACCUAGCCCCAAACUAAGCAAAGCUUGUACUAUGGGUACUAGGCGACGACUUACAUACUUAUAUACAUAGAGAACAAAUAUCUGUCUUCAUCACACAAAUAAAUGCCCUUACCAGGAUUCGAACCCGGGACCAUCAGCUUCAUAGCCAGGGUCACUACCCAAUAGGCGAUACCGGUCGUCAUCAGAUUAAUUAGAUAUACACAAAAUUAAUUAUAUUACACUUAGUAGAACAUACAGCUCUUUGGUAGAUUUACUACCAACGUAUGGCAACAUUGUCAAAUGUCACCGUUAUCUCCUAUGUUCGUUAUCAACUAGUGUCAAAAUCACGUCAAACGUCAAAAUCAAAUUAGAAAAUUUAGAAAUUACCGGUCGAGCACUGUGGAAUCUUCUUUUGUUUUAUUUAGUAAAUGUAUUACUUAUGUGUACGGGAGAAUAUAAACCAAAAGGUAUCUUCAUAUUUGCUGGACAAAAUCGAGCUAAGUGCCUUCUGUGAUCACUGGUUACCUAACACCUAUACAGUAGGUCGUUGACAUAAUGACAACAUACUCCAUAAGCUUGGAUGAUGUGGAUCUCGCGCUGCUGCCUCUGCGCACACACUCAUACAACAACUUCUUGAAGAAGGAAAUCUACCAGUUUCAAGUGAUGAAGACUGCAUCGUGUGAAGUUACAGCGCCAGAGCCCCCCAUUUUCUACACGUGUCAUAUAUGUGCGAUCGAAGUACCAACAGCGUUCGCGGGCGAACACGCCGCGAGCCAAAAACAUAAAGCGAAUGUUCGCAUAGCGUGCGUAGCGGCGGAACGAAUGCGUGCCUUUAUCUCCGCUCUCCCUCCAACUUACGCUACUAGACCCUGUGCACGCUUCUGCGUAAAUUGCUCGAAGGAGGCUGAUGAGGACCACGAAAAGACAAAUGAACACCGCGUCUCUGUGAUGCUUGAUAGCUUGCUAUGGGAUCUGAUGAAAGCAUACGUUCAAGAUCAUGAUGAAUCCAAAUCUAAUAGAGAGUUUCAAAGUAAGGAAACAAACGGAAAUAAUCAAAGCAAAAUUAACAAUCAUAAACAAGAUGAAGUAAUAAUUAAUCAAGUAGAGGGGAACGAUAAAAAUAAUAACGAUAUAGUUGACGAGCCUAUAAAUAACAAUCAACCAACAAAACCAAUAGAAGAUAUAGUAGAAGUAGACGAACAAGAGGGAAAACUAGUUGAGAAUAAUUGUGAAGUCAAUGAUAACUCAGAGAAAUCUAGUGAAGAUAAUGUUACAGUUAACAUCGCUGACAAUAUCGACAUAAACAACAAAAUCGAAGAAAAAACAAAUAAGGAACAUAUUUUGAGACACGAAAAAGAUGACUAUGGAGAUGAGUUACGCAAAUUUAUAGAUGAUAAAAAUUCAUUUGAGUAUAAGGAGUUAGUUAAAAUAAGUAUAAAGUUAAACGAUAAUAUAAUAAACAACAUUGAUAGUGAUAAUUAUCACAGCUAUGACAGAACGUGUGACGAUGGUAGUUUACACUGCAUACUGUGUGAUUACGUUCUCAAUGAUAAAGACGCUGAAAUCCAUAAAUAUGAUUCAGAACAUGUGCGUCGAGUUUCUAACUUGGGAAACGAUGGUCAUUACAUAAGAGAGAUAAAUGAAUUCUAUAGUCAUUGUAUUCUAUGUAAUCUAAAAAUCCAAAACAUGGACUUGGAAUUACACAGGCAAUCAGCAACUCACAACGUAAAAGAAUAUUUGUACACUAACACUCGUUCUGAAAUUAUCAAGGAACACAAAGAAGCCGAAAUGUGCAAUGUAAAACAAGAGACACUCAGUGAAAAUGGAAAACUUGAGCAUUGUGAGGAAUUCAAUGAAAAUGAUAGCCUUGAAGAAUACUUUAUAGUCAAUGUUAAUUACGAUUGGGAGGAAGAAAGUGCAAAUGAAGAAACCAAUGAUAACCUGGAAAAAUACUUUGAAAAUAAUGAACUCAAAAAUUUAUUCGAGGAACAUAGUGAAUCUCAAGAACUCGAUGAUAACCUGGAGGGACACAGUGAAAAUGAAGAGUCAAAUAACUUGGAGGAAUACUGUGAAAAAUGUAAUGCUUGUCUAAAAGAACUCGUGGAUAAAUUUGAGGAAUACAAUGAAAAUGAAGGUCAUGAAAAAAAUACAAAGGAAUUUAGCGAAAAUAAAGAGUAUUACAGUAACAAUGAAGAACCCAUACAUCAUCUGGAGCAAUACUGUGGAAAUAAACCCCAUGACAACCUACAUUCAUACAAAGAACCAGAAAAGCACGAAGACAAUGAAGAAUUCGGUGAUAACUUGGAUGAAUGUAACAUAAAAGAAGAAGUUGAUUAUAAUUCACAGGAAUGCAGUGAAAAUGAAGAAUCUAAUGAUGAACUAGUGGCACGCAACGAAGAAUUUGAGAAUAACUCGAACGACGAAUACAAUGAAUAUGAAGACUCCGAAGAUAAUUGGGAGGACUACAGUGAAAAUAAAGAGCUCAAUGACAAAGUUGUGAAAUUAACAGAUGACAUCACUACCAAUAUUAUGGUAAAAAUCGAUCAACUAACAACUAAUCGGAAAGAAGACAAAAUAGAACGGAAACGAGAGGAAAUUAAAAAAAACAUAGUAAAAUAUGACUCACAGAAAUAUGCAGAAGAACUACGCAAAUAUAUAGACGUUAAAGAUUCUUUCGAAUUCAAAGAAACUUAUAUUAAGGCACAAAUAAGGAUAAAAGACAGUAUUUUAAAAACGUACAGUGACCGGUUUCACGGUUAUAAUAGACUGUGCGACCAAGGCACUAUAAAAUGUAUGGUUUGCGAUUGCAUUUUCAAUGAAGAACAUGGUGAAGAUCAUAAAUUUGAUUCGAAUCAUAUGCGAAAAAUUGCGAACUUAGGAGAAGAUGGUCAUUAUAUCAGAGAGAUCAAUGAAACACACAGUCACUGUAUUUUAUGCAAUUUGAAAAUUGAAAACAUAAACAUGGCAACACACAAAGAGUUAUUUUCUCAUAAAUUUUGCCAAAGAUUGUUUACUAGAAACGCUACUACAAAAGUUAAUGAAGAAGUCAUUGCGAAAGACGGCACUGAAAUACAUCAUAGCCCCCCAGUAAUCAAUCAAUCAAUCAAGAAUUGUGAAUCUAAUUGCCAUUCAGAAAAUCAUGAUGCAGAUCAAGAGUUAAAAGUUGAGAAUGUUGAAAUCAACGAAAUUAACAAAACAAGCACUGAAGAACCUAAUAUUAUUCAAGCGACAAAAGAUCAGAACGUUCUAGUUACUAACAACGAUGUAGAAACUGUCGACGCUAAAGUUGUAAUAGGAAGCAGCACCAAUUCCAUUGAGUUAACAAAAGCAGUAAACACAGUUAAAACUAACCACCAUUGUGAUUCAAAAGAUUAUGGAGACGAACUACGCAAAUUUAUAGAUAGUAAAUGUUUUUUCGAGUUCGAUGAAAGGUCCAACGUGAUACGUGUUAUGAUGGAUGAUGAAAUGAUAAGUAUUUACAGCGAUCAUUUCCACAGUUUUGAUAGGACAUAUUACGGCGGUAGAUUGAAAUGCAUAGUUUGUGAUUGCAUUUUAAAAUUUGAAGAGGCUGAGGAACACAAAUACGACCCAAAACAUAUCCGUAGAGUCCUAAACUUAGGAAAUGAUCAACAUUAUCUAAGAAAGAUAGACGAAUCAUACAGCCAUUGCAUUCUAUGUAACUUGAAGAUUAAAAACGAAAAUCUGGAUAAACACAAGCGCGUCUUACUACACACAAUAAAAAAAGAUCUCUACACCAGCAAGACCAAAAAUACAAACAAAGAAGUCACAACUGAAAAAAACGUUAAUGAAAUUAAAAAUGGCGAUGGAGUAUCUAAUGAGAAAAAUGUAACUACUGCUGUAGGUCCGAUAAAAACGAUUGAUACAAUCGUUGGUACCAAAAUUGAACAUCCAUAUGAAAUAACGGCGACAGGUACACUACGUUGCAUGGUUUGCGAUUGCCAAGUGCCGAACGGUGUCCAAAAUAGAGAAGAGCAUGUCAGGGGUUUGAGGCACCGUAAUCUGAUAUGACAUAGAUAUGCAUAGUUCAACGAUAAAUAUUUAUUUCUUCAUCAACAACAGUUACUUUUCACAGCAGUAUACUUCAAUAGUACAUUACGAUACAAGUGCGAAAAAUAGGAAAUUCGAAACGAGUGGCGAUAAAUUAAAACACGACCGAGGGGAGUGUUUUAAAUCGACACGAGUUGCGAAUUACCUAUUCGCACAUGUAUCGUACAACGUUUUACAGUACAUAUGGCCCUUUAAAUGUUCGACACAGUAACGUAAUAUGCUAAUUUUCGCACUAGUGCGGUAAAGUAGCACCAUAUGUACUGUAAAUUUAGUUUGUAAAACAGUUUUUGUAAGUUCAUGCCGUUAAAAUUGUGUAAAAUGUAUUUCGUAUAAAUAUAACUCACCCUUAACCGACUUUAUUCUUUCUGUUCUCCGUGCGGAAAUCGACACCUUUCGGCAAACGUUGCACUUCGUUUAAGUUAGGGCUUUCUGGCCUCGUAGAACAGAAAUAUAGUAUUAUACAAACCUAGGGCUCCGAGGUAUAAAAAUAUUUCAUGUUUGUCGAACGCGAAUUACGUGUGACUUACUUUACUGCCCUAGGUAUGAAAUAUACUAUUAUCGUUUUACUCUACUGGUGUCUUUUAUAUCAGAUAAUUUUUGUAUGAUUUAACGUUGUAGAGAAACGAUAAUAAUAUUUUUUUUUAAUUCACGUCGUUUAAUGAUUCAGAGACGCCAUAGAUAUCGCAGCUUUUUAUACAGGGAGAUUUUUUUUAAUGAUAAAUAUUUUUAUGAUUUUCAUUUUAGUUUCGUUUAUUUUUAGAUUUGUUUGUAUCGUGUUAUUUAUUUCUAUACUCAUUAGAUUACUAUAAUAAUUGCCUAGUGCCUACCUAUUUAAAUAUUUUUGUUGUUUGUAAUAAAGUGAUUUGUACCCCA